GGGGCUGCUCCGCCUUCGGGCUCGGUUUGAAAUUCCGCGGUGACCUAACGGCUCGCGGAGCCGCGGCUUGAAGCAAGACAGCCGGUGCUUGUGGGAGGUUGCUGCGCCCAGCCCCGCGCGGAGGAGGUUUGGGGCCUCGACGGCCGGCUGCCUGGAGCGUCCGCCAUGAGGAGAAGUGAGGUGCUGGCAGAGGAGUCAAUAGUAUGUCUCCAGAAAGCUCUGAAUCACCUUCGGGAAAUCUGGGAAUUAAUUGGGAUUCCAGAGGACCAGCGGUUACAAAGAACUGAGGUUGUAAAGAAGCAUAUCAAGGACCUCCUGGAUAUGAUGAUUGCUGAAGAGGAAAGCCUGAAAGAAAGGCUCAUCAAAAGCAUUUCCAUCUGUCAAAAAGAGCUGAAUACCCUGUGCAGCGAGUUACACGUCGAGCCAUUUCAGGAAGAAGGAGAGACGACCAUCUUGCAGCUAGAAAAGGAUUUGCGCACUCAGGUAGAACUGAUGCGAAAACAGAAAAAGGAACGAAAACAGGAACUCAAACUACUUCAAGAACAAGAUCAAGAGCUGUGUGAGAUUCUUUGCAUGCCCCACUAUGGCAUCGACAGCACCUCAGUUCCCAGCUUAGAAGAGCUGAGCCAAUUUAGACAGCACGUGGCCUCAUUGAGGGAAACAAAGGCGUCUAGACAUGAGGAGUUUGUCAACAUAAAGAGACAGAUCAUCCUGUGUAUGGAGGAAUUAGAUCACACCCCAGACACAAGCUUUGAAAGAGAUGUGGUGUGUGAAGAUGAAGAUGCCUUUUGUUUAUCUCUGGAGAAUAUUGCAACACUACAAAAGUUGCUUCGGCAGCUGGAAAUGAGAAAAUCACAAAAUGAAGCAGUGUGUGAGGGUCUGCGAGCUCAGAUCCGAGAGCUCUGGGACAGGUUGCAGAUACCUGAAGAAGAGAGAGAAGCUGUGGCCACGGUUAUGACUGGGUCAAAGGCCAAGGUCAGGAAAGCGCUGCAAUUGGAAGUGGAUCGGUUGGAAGAACUGAAGACACAAAACAUGAAGAAAGUGAUUGAGGCAAUUCGAGUGGAGCUGGCUCAGUACUGGGACCAGUGUUUCUACAGCCAGGAGCAGAGACAGGCUUUUGCCCCCUACUAUGCGGAGGACUACACGGAAAAUCUGCUCCAGCUCCAUGAUGCUGAGAUCGUGCGGUUAAGAAACUACUAUGAGGUUCACAAAGAACUCUUUGAAGGUGUCCAGAAGUGGGAAGAAAGCUGGAGACUUUUCUUGGAGUUUGAGAGAAAAGCUUCAGAUCCAAGUCGCUUUACAAACCGUGGAGGAAAUCUUCUAAAAGAAGAAAAGCAACGAGCCAAGCUUCAAAAAACGCUCCCCAAGUUGGAAGAGGAGUUGAAGGCACGGAUUGAAAUGUGGGAACAGGAGCAUUCGAAGGCAUUUGUGGUGAAUGGGCAGAAAUUCAUGGAGUACGUGAUGGAGCAAUGGGAGAUGCAUCGACUGGAGAAGGAGCGAGCCAAGCAAGAAAGACAACUCAAGAACAAGAAGCAGACAGAGACAGAGAUGCUCUAUGGCAGUGCUCCCCGAACCCCUAACAAGCGGCGAGGACUGGCACCCAACACACCGGGCAAAGUGCGCAAGCUGAACACCACCACCACGUCCAACGCUACGGCCAACAGCAGCAUUCGGCCGGUCUUCGGGGGGACAGUCUACCGUUCGCCCGUGUCUCGACUCCCACCUUCUGGCAGCAAGCCAGUCACCACUUCCACUUGUUCGGGGAAAAAAACACCCCGUGCUGGGAGGCAUGGAGCCAACAAGGAGAACCUGGAGCUCAAUGGCAGCAUCCUGAGCGGUGGGUACCCCGCCUUGGCCCCCCUCCAGCGCAACUUCAGCAUUAAUUCUGUUGCCAGCACCUAUUCUGAGUUUGCGAAGGAUCCGUCCCUCUCUGACAGCUCCACUGUUGGGCUUCAGCGAGAACUUUCAAAGGCUUCCAAAUCUGAUGCUACUUCUCGAAUUCUCAAUUCGACCAACAUCCAGUCCUGAGAAGCCCUGAUCAGUCAGCUGCUGUGGCUUCCUGUGCUUAGACUAGAUCUGAUUAUACAGGGGGGGAUCUUUCUUGAGUUUAGGUGUGCUUGAAAAUCUGGUUCCACUGCCACGGGCCUAACGACAGAAGUGAAUGAGAGGCACAGAUGAAAAUCCAUCUCUGAUGGAUGGUUUAGUGGGUCUUCAACAACUUGAUUUUGUUUUGACCCAAGAAAUACAUUAAGACUUAGUUGAUAGCGGUAAGUGCAAAUUUUAGCAGAUGGAACCUGAUUUCUUUGCCCCAUCAUUCUACUUGCUGAAGCACGGUCAAGGGCUUGUUGUAUGUCACCGUUGUGUAGGAAAAUGACUGUGCCCGUCCUGGGGGCAUGGGACAGGAAGUAAUGUUGGCUCGUACCCUUAGAAUUAGUAAUUGACACUUUUUUUGCUUAGGGAUGUUCCAUGAAUGCUCUAGCUGUGAGAGCUUUUUGCUCUCACCUAAAGAUCUGUCUCCACCACACAGGAUAGCCUUCCUCCUGAUGAGGAUGUCUGUGUCAGAAGGUGAGAUGGCCUGACCUACUGCCAAAGAGGUGACAGGGAGGCUGGGAGCUCCUUUGUUCAGUUGUGUACAGUUAUGUAGUUACAUAGUGCAAUGCCCUCUGUGGGGAUAUGUGUGUAUGAACACACAUGCUUACCUGAACUCUGGUUCUGUAAUUUUCUCUGGGUCGAGGCCCCCCGCCCUGUGCCCACUGUGCCGGAGUUCAUCUGGCCCCUGCAGUUGGCAGUCACUUUGGGAGGCGGUCGGGCCAUUUCUGUCCCGGAGAUCUGGAACUUUGCACAUAUCAGUACUGGGCAGUUGUUCCUGCUACAGCGUCCACAUCCUCACCUGCUCUAUCAAUCACUACUGCUCUCCCCGAAGCACUAUUUAUUCUCACUCUGCCUGCGCCAGUACGACUGUCAGCACGUUCGAUGGUUCUUGAAAGCGUAGCAGCACAGGUUGGUUCUGUGUCCGCCAUCCUGCUUAGACGUAUACAGGUCCUGUUUUUAAAUAUAAAUAUAUUCUUGAAAAUAAAUUAAUGUGUAUACUUACGUUUCAAAAAGA